UCCUUCACCACGCCACCGCCGCCCGGCUCCAACGCCACCUUCACCUGGCUGAUGGCGGCUGAUGUGGGUCAGGCCCAAGUGGACGGCUCCUCAGUGACCAUGGGCAUCAAGCCCGGCGCCAUGGGGAACUUCCGCGGCAUGGCGCGGGCCGCCGCCGCGGCCCGCCCUGGCCUUGUCUCCUACUCCGGAGACAUCUCUUACUCUGACGGCGCCAUCGGCGACUGGGAGCUGUUCCUGGAGAAUGCGGCCCCGGUGCUGGGCGUCGCGCCGGUGCUGGUGCAGCAGGGCAACCACGAGCGCGACGCCUACAUCAACUCCACCCUCAACUCAGGCGACUGGAUCCGCGGCGCCAACUACGGCUUCGAGUGCGGCGUGCCGGUGGAGGAGCUGUUCCUGAUGCCAACUGCCACCCACACCAAGCCCUGGUACUCGCUGGACUAUGGUCCCGUGCACAUCCUGGCCCUCAGCUCCGAGCUGGACAUGGCGCCCGGCAGCGCGCAGUGGGACUUUGCGGCGGCCGACCUGGCGGGCGUGGACCGCGCCCGCACGCCGUUUGUGGUCAUGCAGUGGCACCGCCUCAUGUACUCUGCAGGACCAGCCGGCAGCAGCGACUAUCAGUGGGGUGACCAGGUGAGGGGUAGAGGCCCGUACAUGUACCAAAACGGGUGGGACGACCUCAUCUACAACGCCUCUGUGGAUCUCACCAUCACCGGCCACUUCCACGUCUACUCCCGCACCUGCCCCGUGCACCAGCGCACGUGCAUCCCGGGCACCCGCCCCGACGGCCGCCUGGGCGGCCCCAUCCACGUCACCACCGGCUGGGGCGGCCCGCAGUCGUUCGGCAACCUCGCGGCCCCGCCCUGGCCCUACAUUGCCGCCACCAACAACGCCUCCUCGCCCAACGGCUUCCUGCGGGUCGCCGUGUCGCGCACCCAGCUGGCGGUGGAGGCGCUGGCGGUGGGCUGCAGCCGGCGCCGUCGCUGCAUGUGCGAGGCGUGCCAACCUGGCUGUGGAGUUGGCUUAGUGCCCGUGCCCAAGGCCAGCUGCCAGCACGCCACAACAGUAGCUCCUCUGUGCCUCAUCCGGAAAUGCCCGUCCUCCACUGCAGACCAACUCUGCCGGUGA